UCCACAGGCCCAAAAACGUUCGUGAAAUAAGUUCUAUGGGCAUUUAUUUCGAUAAAUAUUUUUUUCUAAAUUUUGUAUUUGAGAAUUUUAAAACGAAAAGUUGCUGUAACAUAUAUAAAAGUUUUUGGGUCAGUCUUCUUUAUUUAUAAUUAUUGCACAAAGCAAACACAGGGAAAAAUUUAGCGAACACAAAACAAUUAUGGAAUUCUUUUUCGGACUGGUUGUUUUUCUGAGUUACAUGUAUUACACGGAUGCCCAUGGAAGAAUGAUAGAUCCACCCAUGAGAUCUUCAAUGUGGCGGGUUGGAUUUGAAACACCCAAAAAUUAUAACGACAAUGAACUGAAUUGUGGAGGAUUUGUGGAAAUGAUGGAAAAGGCAAAUGGUAAAUGUGGAAUAUGUGGUGACCCGUAUCUUGGACCUCGCGAAAAUGAAGCUGGCGGGAAAUACGCUCUUGGAAUAAUUACCAAGCAAUACAAAGUGGGUUCAGUAAUUAACGUCACCAUAGAACUAACGACAAAUCAUAGAGGUUAUUUCGAAUUUCGCCUCUGUCCACAGAAUGACCCCUACACCCCCAUCACCGAAGCCUGUUUAGAUAAACAUGUGUUAAAUAUAAUUGGAUAUGGAAAGCGAUUUAUGCUUUAUGACGAAAAAACGGUCAUGGUGGAUUUGCAGCUUAUGCUUCCCCCGCAUUUGAGGUGCUCACAAUGCGUGUUACAGUGGAAAUGGAGAGCAGCACAAAAUAGAGGGAUUGACAAACGUACAGGAAAAGAGUGCUUUGGAUGUGGACCUCAAGAAUAUUUCGUGAACUGUGCAGAUAUUGCCAUUGGAGAUAAGGCUAUUAACCGAAUUCCCAAACCAGCAGCAAAAAGAGCACAAGUUACCAUGAAACCAAAGGUACCUAAAUUGACGGUAACAAGGACCAAAAUCACGAAACAACAAAUUCCCAAAGUUGCUCAAACACCAUACACUGAUGUUGCACAACAGUAUCAACCGCAUCAAUAUAACGAAGCUGUUUUUAAUAAUGAAAAUUUUCAAGAAUCCCUUGCCGAUCGAGUGUUUUUAGAUCUCAUAGGCCAAAGCACAUUAUUCAUUGACCCAUCGCCGCAUUUUGAGGCGAUUAAUAACAGGCAACCAGCGCAAAACCAGUUCAAUGCACAGGCAUCUACAAAUCAGAACUUUGGACCUGCAUACAAUCCAUUUUUUAAUGAUUUUAUUGCUCCAAAUGAGCCUUCUCUGCUUGAUUUCAAUUCUGCUGGGAUUUCUAGGCAACCAGGGCCUUCAACUUCACACGCCGCUGCAGCUGGACAAUAUUACACAGCGCAGUCUGUUAUGGCUACCGCCGCCAUCUUGUCAACUCUAGCAGGUGGUGAGACCGGUGGUGAUAAUGCUUACAUAGAAUGUCCAGAAAGUGCACAACCGACCUGUAAAGGAAAUACUAUGUGGGGAGAAGGACGCUCAAAUGAUCGUUUUUGUUCAUCUAUCUGUCCACAAGGACAUUGUCCCAUGUCAAUGUGUAUGUGUACUUGUCCUGCAAGAAAACGUAUAUUUGUCAAAGGAAAUACGUCACCCUCUAACACAGGUCAAAGAUGCUUUGCAAUUGACGCGUGGGAUCAACACACAAAUAACUUAUGUGUAAGGAACUGUAAACCAAACCAAAUGGAUUUCUGUCCCUCCGACAUUUGCACGUGUGAGAUGUGGGGGAUUUAGCGACAGGCAGCACUGAUCGAUCAAACAUUACUUACAAAUGAUGAAAUAUGAAGUAAUUUAUCCGAAAGCCGUGAAGGUGAUGUAUAACAUGUCGGUUUUUACAGCGUUUGCAUUGCCUUUGUGCUUUCUAUAGAAGAAAUCCAUUCCAUGAAGAGAUCUAUUAAUAUAAUUAAAUAAUGACUGCUUUUAUAGGAGAAACAUCUGCAUGUACUAUAACCUCUAAAUAAUGUUCUGAAAAAGCCUUUGAUUUUUUUUAUCCGAUAACCCGGUUGAUACUUACAAGUCAACACUUUAAUGUAUUUAAGAAUGAUUAUUGAUAUUGAUUGUUUACUCUGUCUUACUUUUUUCAAAAUUAUUUAUUAUUGCCAGUUUGAAAAAGCAUAUGUCCUCAUAUAAAAUUCAAA